UUAAAAAUCUAUCAUCAAAAUUCAGGGAUUAGGAGAUAGAGGGCUGCAACGCGCCUCCAGGGCAAGUGGGGUCUUGUCCCAGUUGUAGCAGAGAGCAGAGCAGAGAUGGGGUUAGAGUUUGAAGCUUCAAGGACAACAGUGCAACUGGGCAGACAUGGGGGACAUGUUUCCACAUGAUAGGACUCUGUCCACGCGCUUUUGAAGGAGAUUGGGGUUUGGGGUUGGUGUUCUUUUCUAAGUGGUUUCCAGUUUCAACCCUUUAUCUUUUUAUCUCAUAGGCAUUGUGGACAUGGAUUUUACGUGGAUUCGAGGGUUGUUUUGGGCAAGAUAUUUCUCUCUGUCAAUCUCUCCAUCUGGAGAAGCCCAAAAAGGAAGAAUCAACAGUGGUGUAGUGAGAGGUAGAAAUUCCUGAGAAAGGUAGAGAAAAAAAAGAAAGAAAAAAAAGCAUAGAAAGAAAAUGGAAAAGAAAAUAAUGGCUACAAUAAUUCUGGGGAACCAAACACACCAACACCAUCAACAACAGCCAGAGAUUGUUGUUUCCUGACCUUUUUUUUUUUUCCUUACUGGGUUCAGAUCAUUGACCCAGACCAUAAAGAAAAAGGAACAGCUGUGAGCUUUCUCUUUCUCUGUUGGUCUCGAUGAAGAAUGCUAUCUGGGUUUUGUAGAUCAUGCCCAGAUCUUAUCGUCUUUUGAUCCAGCUGAAUAGGUUAUGAAUCUUGGUGAAACUGAAGAAAAGAGAAAGAGGUUGGAAUGGCUUUCUGAUCCCAUAUUUCUUUUGAUGUGAAGCGGGUUUGAAUUUUCAUCUGACUAGGGGAAUUUGCCCACUUGGAUUGGUACAACUCUAGAUGCAAGAAAAGCAUGGGGAUUCUCAAUCGGAGACAAGAGAAACUUAUUGGUGGACUAAUUCUCUGAAGGCUGCUAAAAUCUGGUUGAAAUUGGUUUAAUGCCCCUGAUUAUUACUUCUCCAACUGAAGUUAUAUCCUCUCGUUCUUACUGAUGCUUUAUUUUUUGCUCUAAAGAAGCUUUGGUCUGUGUUGGGUUCUUGAGUUCAUGAGAAGGAGCUGUUGAUUUGACAUUUAAGUUAUGAUAAAAAAUAUACUUAAUAGGCUCCCAAGGAAGCCAUCUAAAUCAGCUGAGAAUCGGGAUGGAGGUGGGGCUUCUAUCUCCUCCUCAAAUGCUUCUACCAGUUCAAGAAGUAAUGAUUUAGUAAAUAACCGGUUUGGGAACUUUAAUGCUGCAUCUCUUUCAGGCGCAAACCCCACAUCAAAUUCAGGACCCAAUUAUGGAAAUAAAAUCCCCCAAGCUGUGAAUAUGAAGUUAAAUGGGAAUUCAGCGGCAGCUUCAUAUGAGGCCUUGCCAAGUUUUCGAGAUGUUCCAAACUCUGAGAAGCAGACCCUGUUUAUCAGAAAGCUGAGCUUGUGUUGUGUGGUGUUUGACUUCACUGACCCAACAAAGAACCUGAAGGAAAAGGAGAUCAAGCGACAGACUUUGGUAGAGCUUGUGGAUUAUGUGACCUCAGCAAAUGGGAAAUUCACAGAAAAUGUCAUGCAAGAAAUCAUAAAGAUGGUAUCUGUAAAUUUGUUUAGGACGCUCACUUCUCCACCCCGUGAGAACAAAGUUUUAGAGGCCUUUGAUUUGGAAGAGGAGGAGCCUUCAAUGGACCCUGCAUGGUCUCACUUGCAAAUUGUGUAUGAAUUUCUUCUGAGGUUUGUGGCAUCUCCUGAGACAGAUGCAAAGUUAGCUAAGAGGUACAUUGAUCACUCUUUUGUUCUCAGACUCUUAGAUCUAUUUGAUUCAGAGGAUCCUAGAGAAAGAGAAUACCUGAAAACUGUUCUACACCGCAUCUAUGGAAAAUUUAUGGUCCACCGACCAUUCAUCAGGAAAGCAAUCAACAACAUCUUCUAUCGUUUUAUUUUUGAAACUGAGAAGCACAAUGGAAUUGCAGAGCUGUUGGAGAUUUUGGGCAGUAUAAUCAAUGGGUUUGCGCUACCACUGAAAGAAGAGCACAAACUCUUUCUUGUUCGAGCACUAAUUCCGCUGCAUAAGCCAAAAUGCAUUCCCAUGUACCAUCAGCAGUUAUCUUACUGCAUCACACAAUUUGUGGAGAAAGACUGCAAGCUUGCUGAUACUGUUAUAAGGGGUUUAUUAAAGUAUUGGCCAAUUACAAAUAGUUCAAAGGAGGUCAUGUUCUUAGGUGAGUUGGAAGAAGUUUUAGAAGCAACUCAACCUCCAGAAUUCCAACGCUGUAUGGUACCCUUGUUCCGCCAGAUUGGUCGUUGUUUGAGCAGUUCACAUUUUCAGGUGGCAGAGAGGGCCUUGUUCUUAUGGAAUAAUGAUCACAUCGAGAACCUAAUAAAACAAAAUCGCAAAGUCAUACUGCCAAUUAUCUUCCCUGCCUUGGAGAGAAAUGCUAGAAACCACUGGAAUCAGGCAGUACAGAGCUUGACAUUAAAUGUCCGCAAGAUCUUCUCUGAUGUUGACCCUGAGCUGUUCGAGGAGUGUUUGCUCAAGUUUCAGGAAGAUGAAGCACAAGAGAAGGAGGUUAAGAUGAAACGUGAAGCCACAUGGAAGCGCUUAGAAGAGAUAGCUGCCAUGAAAGCUACGAGUAAUGAACCAGUGCUUGUCCCUCGUAGAGCAACCACUCAUACACCUUCUGGCUAGGGAGUGAGCACAUUCCUGAUGGUUACUCCCAAAGUUUAUGAUUUUCAUAUUGGUAUGCAUUGGGAGGAGCCAUGAUGGGGAGUUGUUAAUUCCCUUGGUUGCUUGCUGACCUUGUUUUUUCCUUUUCAAGUUUUGGUUUGUCAGGUAACAAGAGGGUUAAGGAUGAUACCACUGUGAGGGGCACAAAAAGGCCCCAUUCUGGUUCAUAAGCGCGGACUGUAUAUAUGGGGAUUGGGGUUGUUGGAGAAAGCAAAUGGGGAGAUGGGGUUGUAUGGUGCUGCAAUGCAUAGUUAAAACACCGAAGGAGAUUCAGGUAGUUAAAUUUGGCCUUUUUGCAGUUUGAUGCUCUCAAGGGCGACAGAAAGGAAUCUUCAAUUCACAUAUAUCUAUUUACAUAUUUUUGAAUUUGGUUUAAUUAAAAGCACUCUUAGUCUUCAAAUUUAUUAUAUGUAUCAUUAAACUUGUUGCUUCUGUUAAAUGGAACUACUGUUUGCCAUGA